CAGAGAAUCCACACAGGAGAGAAAUCUUAUAGCUGUGGUCAAUGUGGGAAGAGUUUUGUUCAAUCUGGCCAGCUGACAUUACACCAAAGAACACACACAGGAGAGAAAUCUUAUAUCUGUGAUCAGUGUGGGAAGCGUUUUGGUCGAUCUGGAGGUCUGACUCGACACCAGAGAACACACACAGGAGAGAAACCUUAUAGCUGUGAUCAGUGUGGGAAGCGUUUUGGUCAAUCUGGAGAUCUGACAGUGCACCAGAGAACACACACAGGAGAGAAACCUUAUAGCUGUGAUCAAUGUGGGAAGAGUUUUAGUACGUCUGGCUCUCUGACAUUACACCAGAGAACCCACACAGGAGAGAAAUCUUAUAGCUGUGGUCAAUGUGGGAAGAGGUUUACUCAGUCAAUCAGCCUGAUAUCACACCAGAGAACACACACAGGAGAGAAACCUUAUAGCUGUGAUCAAUGUGGGAAGGGUUUUAGUAUGUCUGGCUCUCUGACUUUACACCAGAGAACACACACAGGAGAGAAAUCUUAUAGCUGUGGUCAAUGUGGGAAGAGUUUUGCUGCACCUAGCACACUGACUCGACACCAGAGAAUACACACAGGAGAGAAACCUUAUAGCUGUGAUCAGUGUGGAAAGAGUUAUGGUCGAUCUGGAGAGCUGACAGUGCAC